GCUACUCGACUGCUCCGGAGGUAGCCGUGGUGAGGAGAGCCAUGGGACAGGCAGUCAAGGUUUUACAGCUCUUUAAAACACUGCACAGGACCAGACAACAAGCUUUUAAAAAUGAUGCCAGAGCAUUAGAAGCAGCCAGAGUAAAGAUAAAUGAAGAAUUCAAAAAUAAUAAAAAUGAAACUUCUCCUAAGAAAAUAGAAGAGCUAAUGAAAAUGGGUUCUGAUGUUGAAUUAUUACUCAGAACAUCUGUUAUACAAGGUAUUCACACAGACCACAAUACACUGAAACUGGUCCCUAGGAAAGACCUUCUUGUAGAAAAUGUGCCAUAUUGUGAUGCACCAAUUCAGAAGCAAUGAGUUUUCUAGA